AUGCCUACUACUCGUCGUUAUUACCCUAGUACUUCUACUACUAAUAGUAGUACUCGUCCACGGGCACCUCCCAGUCUUACCCCGGAAUACAUCUAUCGAGCCCCGAGGGGUGAAUCAACCCCACUUCCGAGUCAAGUCGAAUACAUUCAUCGAGCUCCUCGCGGAGUAUCCCCUUCUGAAAUCAAGUCUAGACCCAAGUCUCACUCCAAGUCUCACUCAAAAUCCCAUUCAAACCCCCAUUUCACACGCUACGCAGAUGAUGAGCCUCGCAUACGCCCAAAAUACUACGAGGCUCGCCCAAAAUCCUACCUCAAGGAGACUCCAAGGGGAUAUACUUCCCACUGUGACCGAGACAAGCGUUACUCGAAUGACAGUGAAGAACAAGAAGACUCCGAUGCUGACUACCCUAACAACUCGGACUUGAUAGACCCCGAGCCCUUCUCCUCCGUGGGCCCCGUUCCCUUUGACGAUUAUGUCUCCAAGAUUACCAUGUCCGUUGUGGCUUGCCAUGCUGAAGGUGAAUCGUGCGACGUCGUCAUCGGUGGCAUUCCUGAUAUCCCAGGGGAUUCAAUGUACUACAAGCAGCUCGAAUUCAUGAGAAAGCACGAAUGGCGUCGAGACCUGCUGCUGAACGAGCCGAGAGGUCAUUGUGGCCAGAAUGCUGUCUUCAUGCUGCCACCAUGCAAUCCCCGCGCCGUUCGUGGCUUGAUCUUCGCCAAAAACGAAGACUAUGUCCCCAUUUCAAUCUCCAAUCUCAUGGCCGCAGCCCAAGUCACCGUGAAUGGUCCCGGUGCCGAGAGUACAAAACUGCGUUCUUCCCCCAUGAAAUUGUCCUUUGACACCCCGGCUGGCCUCAUUGGUGUCGAUGUGAGACUCAAAGUUCGAAAGCAAUCUGGUGUGCCAAUGUGUGAGUCCAUCACCGUUCACGGUCUCCCUUCCUUUGUUAUGGCCCUGGAUUUCGAGCUCGAUCUGUAUGAGGUAGGUAUCUUUACGGUGGAUAUUGCUUACGGCGGUGCGAUCUGUGCAUUUGUCGAUGCUGCAUCAGUAGGGGUCAGUAUUCAAGAUGGGAAUGGCCAGAAGAUGAUUGAGGUCGGGGAGCGAAUCAAGAAUGCGCUCCAUGAGGUAUAUGAGGGCACUCAUCCUCUUGAGCCUACCAUGGACCGCGUCAGUACCGUUGUUUUCACAGAUCCCGUAAGCUGUCAAGAUCGAGACACCCGCAAAAAGGCACUCAUGGCGGCUGUCGUCUCCCCCGGUCGUCUGGACCGUAGUCCAUCAGGCACGGCUGUAUGUGCCCGUCUGGCCAUUUUGCAUGCCCGAGGGGAGAUUUCCAGGGACACACUAACUUGUCAGAGUAUCAUUGGCACUAAGUUUUACGGUCGCGUUCGUGGAACGACCAGCGUCGACAAGUAUCCUGCUAUUUUGCCAAGUGUGAUGGGUCGUGCCUGGAUCCAUAGUCUCAAGCAGGUCGGCAUGAGUCCUGCAGAUCCCUUCCCCGAUGGGUUUCGCAAUGCUGACCAGUGGGGGCCAGAUGAUAAUAAGAAGAAGAGCAUGAACGUUUAUAAGCCGCGUGAUUUGGAGCUACCAAGCGACUGGUAG